AAUGUUUUUGUUAUUGUUGGUGAGUUGGAACAGCUGACAUACUGAGGACGAGAAGUUACUUGUGUGUAUCAUAUGUUAUUUCAGCGUAGCCGCAAAAAUAAAUGACAGUCUGUUCUGUACAUUUUUAGACAGGAAAAGAAAUCUGCGAGAGUUGCAAUUGCAAGCUAUUUAGACAACAUGGAAAAGACAUGGAAGGUGGAGUUCCGCAAUGUCGGGCAAAGCUACUUCCCACAGAGCAGAGUGGAAUGCCACUACAGUUUGAGCCCCCAGCAUAUGUGGACCAGCAGUGACUGGAUUGGGCUUUUUAAGGUGGGCUGGUCCUCCGUGAGGGAUUACCACACUUUUGUCUGGGCGGUCGCACCAGCUGGGUACCAGGAGGGAACAGCUGUGAACUGCUGUGUGCAAUUCCAAGCUUCUUACCUCCCGGGCCCCAGCACAGAUCCCUUCCAGUUUGUCUAUGUGGACGGGAAGGGGGCCAUAUGCGCCCGCAGCUCACACUUCACCUUCUGCGCCCCAAAACCGCUGGAGGACCUGGUGACCCUGGAGGAGGAAGGACACGAGGAAGAGGAGGGGGCGGACUUGCUGCUAGUGGUCCCCCGGGCUGAGCUGCUGCAGAGCCGCCUGGAGGAGUGUCUGCGGGAGCGUUCCGAGCUGCUCCAGGCCCGGGAGGUGGCAGAACGCGCCCAGGAAAGGGAGCGCCACCUCAGAGAGAGGGCCAAGGAGGACUGGGACCGUGCGAGAGGGGAGCUGGAGGAGAGCAUCGCCAAGCUGAAGGAGAAACUGAGACAGAGCCAGGAAAAGAUAGAGGAAAUGGAGAAGAAACAGCAGGAGGCACAGUUCUCCCAUGAGGCGAUGAUCAUGGAGAAGGACAGCCUUAUGGCGCAGAUCAUGGAGAGCCAGCAGCGGAUCAAAGCUCUGGAGGAUGAAGCCAAAGCUCUCGCACAUAGAGGGACCGAGAAGGAGGCCGAGCUGGAGAGAAUGAAGGAGAGGAUUAAGAAGAUGACUGCACAAAAAUGGGAGGAAGAAGAGGAGAGGAAAACUCUGCAGGACAAGCUGCAGCAAUCUGAGGAGGAGCUGCGCAGCCUUGCGGCUGAGUUCCAAGGCCUGAGGAGCUCGCUGGCGCAGAGGGACAUGCAGGCCUUGCAGCUGCGGGACACCAUCACCACCCUGACAAGCAAACUCCAUGCUGCGCAAAAGAAGGAGGCAGAAUGCGAGGCAGCCCUGUGCGAGCUACAAAGCCUGCAGGAGCGGCUGGCCGCCAGCGAGCACACGGCGGAGGGCCUGAAGGCAGAGCUGAGCGCCAUGGCGGCCAGGCGGGACCAGGCUCAGGCCGAGGUGCACCAGGCUCGCCUCCAGGCCGCCCAGCUCACCUUACAGCUGGCCGAGGCCAGCCUAGCCCUGCGCGAGGGCCGCGCCGCCUGGGCCCAGGAGCGGGAGGCCCUGCAGCAGAGCGCCCAGGCAGACAGAGAACGGGUGGAAAAGCAGAGUGCGGAGUUACAGCGGAAGGAGGAGUGGCUGCAGGAAGAGAGGAUGGAGAGGGAGAAAGUGGAGGUGGAGCUGGGAAAGGAGAAGGACUGCAGCCGGGUCCAACUGAGCGAGGCACGCAGGGAGCUGCAGGAGCUCAAGGCCAGCCUGAGAGUAGCCCAGAAGGAGAAGGAGCACCUGCUUCUGGAGAAACAGGAGAUGAUGGACUACAUGCGACAGCUGGAGCAGCGGCUCGAUGCGGUAGCAGACGCCAAGUGGAGCGAAGCAGCCUUUGCUUCAGUUAGUCGUCCCGAUAGCCCUGUAUCUGACUCUGAGGAUGAGAAUCCUGAGGCCCUGCGUCACCGCCCCCCUCACCCCCUUGGGCCAUAUGGCCUGUGUGACCCCCCACCGACAGACGCGUUGCUUCUAGGGACUCCACCACCUUCUCCAAGGGAACUAUCCCGGGGGACAGUGGUUGUCAGUCAGCCUGCCCCUCUUUCGUCUCCACGGCAAACGGGCAGCGAUACACUGACACACAGCUCAGAUUCAGAGGAGGAUCUUGAAAUGGGCAGAUCAAGUGGACAGAGCUCUGGGGAGGAAACCGCUCUACUCCUGCCGGACCACAGGGAUACUGUCCUGAGCGAGCUCGCCGGCAGCCCACUCUGGUAAUGCACGGAGACUCAGGAGCACUGCCAGAGGUCGCCAGCUGGAGACCACCAAGUGUUACCUGGAUCCCACCUGUUACGUGGUUUUAUAUGAUUUUCACUGUAUGCAUCUUUACAUAAGGCUGUCUAAACAAGUUCAGUGUAAAUUAAUUUUAAAUACCAGCACAAGCUGUGGAGCUCACUGACUUAAGUGAACAUGUCCACCCUUCAUACACGUACCUCCUUUCUCUGCAUAUUCCAUACACCGAUCAGCCACAACAUUAAAACCACUGACAGGUGAAGUGAAUAACAUUGAUUAUUCGUUACAGUGGCACCUGUCAAGGGUUGGAAUAUAUUAGGCAGCAAACAGUCUGUUCUUCUAUGCGGUGGUUAGUACCUACCAAAAGUGGUCCAAAGAAGGACAGCCGGUGAACCGGCAACAGGGUCAUUGGUGCUCAAGGCUCAUUGAUGCGCGUGGCAGCGAAGGCUAGCCCGUCUGGUCCGAUCCCUCAGAAGAGCUAA